GAGAAAUAAGGAGAGCGAGCGCGAGCGGAGCCGCGGCGGCGCGCGGGUUUACUCUGAAUACUUUACACUAAUAACACUAAUAAGCUGGUUUUAUUUUUAUUCCGGACUUUUCUUUUCUUAUUUUAGACAGAACCGAGUGUGAAAAGCUCGUAUACGGAUUUACUGCUGUUCAGACUGGCGAGUCUUCUCAGAGGGACCUGUUUUAUUAAGUUGUGUCAGAUUUCAGCAGCGUUUUAACUGUGUUUAAAAAGGUCAAACAGAGUUAACUUUAUAAUCCUGCGCAAAACUCACUAAAUCAGGAGGAGCUGUGGAUUUCUGUUCCUGCGCUGAACUGAACCGACUCGCUGUUAAUCGAAGCGUUUGGAUUAAUUCGAUUUGAAGAGGAAACUUCGCUCCGGUUUCACAAACAACUCCUUUUCGGUAUGUCUGCCGCAGCCACUCCAGACAGGUAACCAGGUGUGUCGCUGUUGCCAUGGCAACAGGAAUGCUGCCAAUGUUGCCUCUGCUCUUUGCUGCCCUCCUGGUGUCCUUGACUGCAGCUCAGGACCACGAGUGGGACUUUGACUCGGCGAAGUGUCGCUAUGCUCUGGGGAUGGAGGAUGGAACAAUCCCGGAUUCUGAUAUCUCAGCAUCCAGCUCCUGGUCGGAUUCCACUGAGGCCAAACACGGCAGGUUGAGUACAGGUGAGGGAGACGGCGCGUGGUGUCCGGCGGGCGCUGUGUUUCCCAGCGGUUCUGAGUUCCUGCAGGUGAAUCUGCACAAACUGCACUUCCUGUCUCUGGUGGGCACGCAGGGGCGGCACGCUGACGGGCACGGCCGAGAGUUCGCCCGGAGCUACAGGCUGCGCUACUCUCGAGACGGACGCCAGUGGAUCACCUGGAAGGACCGCUGGGGUCAGGAGGUGAUCUCUGGUAAUGAAAACACGUAUGAUGUGGUUCUGAAAGACCUGGGUCCCCCCAUCAUCGCCCGCAUGGUCCGUUUCUACCCGCUGGCCGACCGUGUGAUGAGUGUGUGUCUGAGGGUCGAGCUCUAUGGCUGCGUGUGGAACGAUGGACUGAAGGCCUACGCUGCACCCAUGGGUCAUGUGAUGCACCUGUCUGGCUCCCCUAUUUACCUCAACGACUCCAUCUAUGAUGGCAGUAUUGAAGCAGGGACGCUGUUUGGAGGUCUGGGUCAGCUGUGUGAUGGAGUUCUGGGUGGGGAUGAUUUCAUGGAGAGUAAGGAGCUGAGGGUGUGGCCCGGAUACGAUUACGUGGGCUGGAGCCGCGAAGCUUUGGGCCAACCUACUGUCGACAUCGAGUUCCACUUUGAGAAAACGCGCAUCUUCCAUGUCAUGCAGGUGCACAGUAAUAACAGGCACACUCAGGGUGUGCGCGUGUUCUCAGAGGUGGUGUGUGAGUUUAAGGCCAGUCUGCUGGAUCACUGGACAGAACCAGCGCUGAAGCUCCGCGUCCCUCUGGAGGACCUGAAGGACCCCUCAUCCCGCUCUGUGGACCUGCCCCUGGGGGGACGUCCCGCACAGAUCCUCCGCUGUCACUUCGCCUUCGCAGAUCGCUGGCUGCUCAUCAGCGAGAUCAGCUUCAACUCUGAGCCGUUUGAAGGUUCUUCAGUGUUUCCCUCUGGAGCUCCUCCUCCUCCUCCCUCCUCUACUCCUCGCUCCCGUUUCUUCACCUCCUCCUCCUCUCCACCAUCAUCCUUCUCUCCCAGCACCUCCAACUCCACAGGCCAGAGCUUGGGUGAUGAUUUUGCUGCCGUCACCCCAAAAGCAGGACCUGUUGCUAAAGAUGACAGCAGCAACACUGCCAUCCUGAUUGGCUGUCUGGUGGGGAUUAUUCUGCUGCUGCUGGCGGUUAUAGUGGUCAUUCUGUGGAGGCAGUACUGGAAGAAGCUGCUAAACAAGGCCCAGGGCAGCCUCUCCAGUGAUGAGCUCCGGGUUCACCUCUCGGUUCCCUCUGAUAACGUGGUGAUCAAUAACACCAACACACACACCUACUCCAGCCGCUAUCAGCGCAUACACACCUUCCCCGACGACAGAGACCGAGACGCAGAGUACCAGGAGCCCAGCACUGUGCUGCGGCCGCGAGAGCAGCGCGAUAGCACAGCCUUGCUGUUAAACAAUCCAGCCUAUCACCUUCUCCUGUCUGGCCUGAGGCAUGACCCCAACAGACUGUCAAACAGCUGCAGAGAGACAGAAAAGCCCCAAAAUCUGCCCCAGGCAUGUGCUCUAGAUUUGGACGAUAAAGCCCUGCCUGUGCAGGAAGGUCCGCCCCCUUAUCCUGGAGCCCCGCCCCCUCUCCUCUCAGGAGCUCAUUAUGCAGAAGCCUCAGGGGGUGGGGCCAGUGUGCCUCAUUAUGCUGAAGCUGACAUCAUCAGCCUGCAGGGUGUGAGCGGUAACAACACCUAUGCUGUCCCCGCCCUGUCGGCCACGCCCACAGACUGCCCGCCCCUUCCGGAGUUGCCACGGGAACGGCUCAUCUUUAAGGAGAAACUCGGAGAGGGCCAGUUCGGAGAGGUUCACCUCUGUGAGAUUGAAAACCCUCAGGACCUGCCGAACCUGGAGUUUCCUUUUAACGUGAGGAAAGGGCGUCCCCUGCUGGUGGCGGUGAAAAUCCUGCGACCUGAUGCUUCUAAAAAUGCCAGGAAUGACUUCCUGAAGGAGGUGAAAAUUCUGUCUCGUCUGAAAGAUCCCAACAUAAUCCGUCUUCUGGGAGUGUGUGUGAGCAGUGAUCCGCUGUGUAUGGUGACUGAAUACAUGGAGAGCGGAGAUCUCAACCAGUAUCUCUCCCAGAGAGUCCUGCUGGACAAGACUGGACCCCUGCACAACACACCCACCAUCAGUUACCCGGCUCUGAUCUCCAUGGCGAGUCAGAUCGCGUCUGGGAUGAAGUUUCUGGCGUCUCUGAACUUCGUUCAUCGUGAUCUUGCCACGCGGAACUGUCUGGUGGGGGGCGAGCGGGGGGACGGUGAGGACCGCAUGGGGGAGAGGCAUAUUAAAAUCGCAGAUUUCGGAAUGAGCCGGAACCUCUACGCCGGAGAUUAUUACCGCAUCCAGGGCCGAGCUGUGCUGCCCAUUCGCUGGAUGGCCUGGGAGUGUAUUCUCAUGGGGAAGUUCACCACAGCGAGUGAUGUGUGGGCGUUUGGUGUGACGCUGUGGGAGAUGCUGAGUGUGUGUCAGGAGCAGCCCUACAGUCACAUGACUGAUGAGCAGGUCAUUGAUAAUGCAGGAGAGUUCUUCAGAGACCACGGAAGACAGAUAUAUCUGACUCGGCCGGCCGUGUGCCCGCAGGGUCUGUAUGAGCUGAUGCUGAGCUGCUGGAACAGAGACUGUAAACUCCGCCCCUCUUUCACACACAUGCACUCCUUCCUCGCGGAGGACGCCAUGAACAUGGUGUAGAGCACGGCGGAGAGAGAAAGAGAGAGAGGGAUAAGGAAUCAAACGAGUGAAGCGACUCGUAACGAUCCAUCCCUCCUUCAGCCAGAAGAGAAGAGAGGAGAGGUGUGUGAGUGUGUAAGCGAGUGUGUGUGAGAACGAGGGUGUGUGUGAGUGUGUGAAUGUGUGUGUAGAUCGCACAAGCUGGUGGAGGUGUAGCUGGUGUAGAAGUAGGCGGAGCUAAGCACUCUUAUGUACAUUAGCGUACUUUGUGAUUGGUGGGUUGAAGCUGAGAGACGCUGCUGGUUCGGCGCUUCAGCUGGACCUGCUUUAGAGCUAAAACCCCAAACUAGUCCUAAUUCUAAUCCUAGUCCUAAUCCUAAUUCCUGCAGUAUAAAGGCCUUUACACACAUUAUACACACUGCUAUUAAACAUGUUUUAAUAUUAAAGUGUUUCCAGUGGCAAAUCAGCUGAAAAUGCGCUGCGCUGUUUGGGUUGUAAGCGCUGCUGCAUCGUUGCUAGGUUACCUGUAUGUGUGCGGAGUAAUGCAUAGAGAGCUUCGGUUACAGUGCAUUACCGGCUGAUAACGGUACUCAUAGAACGCCUCCCAGCCAAUCACAUUGCAGGGUCGUAACUAACUGUGAUAUAAUGUGGAGUAUAAAUCAGAGAACUGUGAUACAUUAUAAAAAAACAUUUGUCAGAUUGACGUUUGUUCAGAAUCGUGAUUAUAAUUAUGAUUAUAAUCUGGUGUUUGGUGUGUAAAGGCCUUUAUCCCUCAGUAAUGAUUACAGACAGCCCUUCCCUUCAUCUUAACCCUCUCUAAUCAGCUUUAACCCUUUACCUGCUGCGGGGCGGAGCCUCUUCUUCAUCUGAACAGCAUUAAACUAUAGACUGUGAAUCAAAUCCUUCAAAUCAGCAGAUAACCAGCAUAAUUUCAGCUAAUUACGCUCAGUGCAGUAGUAUUAAUACUACUAAUAAUGAUGAUAAUAAUAGGACAGAUAUAAUAAAUGACCAGAGCAUAAAUCAAGACUACUCACACAGUAUAAAGCAGUAUAAUGUUUUUUUAUUAUCAGAGGGGACUGGUAGAGGAUUGAGUCUAAUCUUGGGGAUCAUGUUGGGCGUGAGGGUUCCUUUCAUUUCAGGUGUUUUAAUCAGUCAGUCACUCCAUAAUCACUGAACACUGAACAUACAGCAGAGCGGGUGAGGGCUUUUCUGUUCUAAAAUUAUAGUUUUAUUUUUUAAAUGUUACUAAAAUUACAGAUUCAGAGCAUCGUAACCAUUUUUGACACAUUCAUUCUGCGAUAUUAAAGUAUAAAUAUACAGAUUUUUCCAAAUUUAUGUCAACUUUAAACACAAUUAAAAGACAAAGUCAUUCAGAGUGAGGUGUUUGGUGUAAAAUGAUGGUUCAGUGUAGAUUCCCAAUUUUUAAUAAGUAAUAUUAUUAUUAUUUGUUAUUUCUUUACACUGGUGGUGACAGAAAUCAGAAUAAAAUCGUAACUAAAUCACAAAUAUAGCUGAAUUUCAUUUCCAAUCCAAAGCUACCAGUGAAGCUACCACCACCAUGUUUUAUAUGCGGUGGUGGUGACAGCAAAAUUGUGGGAAAACUAUAAAAAAAAUUAUUUUGUAUUCAGGUUACCCUCCUGUUACAUUGAGCUGUAUGACACAUUUUUUGUCAUGCAUCUUGGCAUCAUGUUCUCCUCCACCAGUCUUACACACUGCUUUUUUACACACUGCUUUUGGAAUUUUUCGGUGUAAAAAUUCAAGCAGUUCAGUUUGGUGGUUUGAUGGUUUGUGAUCAUCCAUCUUCCUCUUGAUUAUAUUCCAGAGAUUUUUAAUUUGGUAAAAUCAAAGAAACUCAUCAUUUUUAAAGUGAUCUCUUAUUUUUUUCCAGAGCUAAAUCAAUCAUUUUCCCUUUACAUUAAUUAAGUCUAUAUAAAAUUAAGGUUUUUUAUGCUCUAAAUGUAACAGGAGGGUAAAUAGUGCAUCUAAAACCUGGUUUAGAAAGUUUACUUUACUUCACUCCACAUUAUUAGAGUUAAAAAUCACUCCACUCAUACUGCACCACGAUUGGCCAGUUUUACCUGUAAAUCGGUACAGAAUUGAUCCCGCUCCCCACCACCAGCACCAGUGAAAGUCUGAACUUGAGUGUGUGUCAUUUUCUGAUUUACCUGAACAGGUUAAGCACAGGUGAGCUGGGCUAAACUGGAUAUUAUGGAAAUUUGAUGUAUGAAAAAUAUAAAUAUACUGUAUAUUGGAACGUGACUGGUUUUCUUGUCCAGGUUUGGGGGGUUUAACAGUUUCUGAUUGGACAAGAUUGGAAAGAAAACAGGGGUUAAGCAUAGUUACGUGUAAAUAUGUAAAUCAGUAAGUUGAAAAAAGUGAUUAAAGGGCCCAUAUCCUGCAUUUUCUAGUAUUUUCCACUGUCCUGUUUUAUGCCUCGUUCACUAAGCAGCCCGUUAAAUAUUUUUUUUUAUGAAAUAGUUUUAAUCCAUGAUCUGGGAUGAAUGAGAUGGUUUGAACCUGUUUACAUACGACAUAAAGCUCCUCUGUUUUUUUAUUUUAUUUUUUUUAAUGAUAUGGGCCCUUUAAGGUAAUUCAUACUGGGUACACAGGCCGUAAUCGCAUAGCUGCACUUUAACGUCGACCCGAUUAUUGGAAUGUUUGAUCACAGAAACAGCAGUAUGAAUUUUUUUUUUAUUCAGAAGCAUUCAAAAUCGUUAUUUUGUGGAUGUCCAGUAUGAAUGAGUAUGAGUCCUGAGGAUUAUUGACCAGCUGAUUUAAAGGUUGAUUUAAAGGGGAAUUCCAGCAUUAACAUUCUAUUAACGUUUCUGCAUAAAUCCAGUUAUUAAUUGUAGAUAUUAGCCUACCAGCAUUCCCCUAAUCCCAUUUCCACACUCAGGGUUGCCAGGUAAAGAACACAACAGCAUGCAAAUAUAUGCUGAUGCUAUGGAAACAAGGGAAGCUGGCUUUUUUUCUGAUGAACAGGUACUGAGCUCACUGAGCUUCAGUAAGGUUUGGUAAUAUAGCUGGAUUAUUAAUUUACCACCACCACUAAUAAUAAUAAUAAACAUAGGGAUAUUCAGACAUCUCUGCAAGUCUUACGGAAGUUGCAGGAGUCUACCAAAUAUAAAUAAUGGCUUUAAUUUUAUCUGCAUGCUACUGUGUGUCAAUCUGGCAACCUGUGUGAGCUUAACAUUUGGGGAAUUAAAACUUACUCGUUUAUUUUACUGAUUGUUCCUUUAAUUUUAUUUACUAUCAAAACCCAGCCAUGCUGCCACAGCUUAUGUAUAAGAGUUUUAUAUAUAAUGUUAAUGAUUGGAAAAUAAAAGUGUCAAAUCUGAAAACGGGAUAUAUAUUCAAUAUUUGGCAACUGGAAUUAUUUAUUCAAAAAUUCAAAAACUAAAACAAAAAAACUCAAUUCAGUCAUUUUGUUCUGUUUCAUAUCAAAAACUUGAACAAAAUGUUUUUUUUUUAUUAUUCUGCCCAAUAAUACUCUAUAUUUUCACCUUUAAAAUAAAAGAAAAAGUUAAAUUGUUAAAGAAAAAACAAACAGUGUCAAUAAGGACAUGCAGUGCAAUCAUUAUAACCAAAUUUAUAUAUUUUUUUUUUUCUCAAUAUUUUUUUUAUUUUGUUAAUUUGGCUCCUUAUUCACCACCAGCUUUUAUAAUCAGCUUAAUAGUUUUAAAGUUAUUUAUACAGAAAUGUUGAAACAUCAGUGGAAUUCCCCUUUAUUAUGUGUGUGUGUGAGAGAGAGAGAGUGUGUUUGAGUGUGUGUGUGUGUGUGUGUGGAGGACAUACUGUCUACAUACUGUAAUGUGUAUAAUAGCGUGUGAAAGGAUGUGAUUGGUAAAUGGUUAUGUUGCGAUGCUGAAUGACCUGUUAACCCUUUUUUGAUACACUGUAGUCCUGAAACUAAAACUUGUAUUUUUAUAAAUCUGAUUUCUUCGGCUCUGCCUUCUGUUCAUAUUUACUUUGAUGUAAAAGUAAAAAAAUAAAUGUGUAAAUAGUCGAUGGGACAUAAUUUUCUUCACUAAUAUUUGGUGUCUCUGUGUCGUGAUUGGUCGGGUCUGUCUCUGUCGGAGCUUUGCUGUCAGUGUCGGUGACUGUCGUCUAUUUUUGUAGUUGUUUUAAUAAAAAUUAACCAUUUCAGACGAGAAA